CUGCGCAGUGGUGUUAGCCUCAGUUCAGAUCCUCGCUUGCGCAAUAAGAAUGUACUUUUCACAUCAUCUUCCCUCCAUCUUUUCCCCUCACGAUCCUUGACGACGACUAGACUAGAACGAUUUAGGAUACAAAAAGCAUGCCGAGGCCGCACCAGCAUUGGGCGUAUGUCGCAAUUCCUUUAUUCGGGGCUCUCAUGUGGUUCUCGACAUUGCUGGCAAUGUUAAUAACAUGGCUGGCUAGUGGUCGUCCACGUUAUGUGUCCCAGGACGGGAGCAUCGCUUACAUUUCAGAUGUAGGAGCAGAUAUCUUGAAGCCGCUAUUCGUGAUAGGUUGUAUCAUCACUGGCCUCUCAUUUUUCUUGUCUCUCACAAUAGAGAGAUGGCUGAGGCAUUCGGGUCGGCUGGUACCUACCAUGCGUCGCAGAGAACGCGUGUUUUCCUGUCUCGCAAUCAUCAGUUCACUUUUUGGCGCCGCUGGGCUCAUCCUACUUUCUGGUUUUGAUACGAAACGAUAUGUCACGCUCCAUCGUGUCUUCCUGCUCGUAUUCAUCCUCGGCGUGGGAUUUAGUGCCAUUUUCACGGUCGUCGAGUAUCGGUGGAUUAGUCAUGAUUUUGUUGAGAUGCGACAUCUCAAGAUCGCCUAUGUGGCUAAAGGCGCGAUAGCGGGCAUCCUAAUUUUACUCGCCAUUGCCUUUGCCGUUGCUCUGUAUUCGGCCAACGAUGUGGGAGCUGUUCUGGAAUGGACGAUCGCGUUCGGUUUCACGUUUUACAUUCUCACCUUUGCCUAUGACCUUCGCAUGGCCAAAGGAGUCCACCGCGGCGAACUCACCAGAGAGCGUUUCCUUGCGGAAAAACGACAGGAAGGAGACGCAACAGCCAUGAGAGAAAUGAAUGCAGGAAUCGGCGAACCUCAAUUCCCUACUCCUGUACAUCAUCAGAAUGGUAAUCGGCAGCCUGAAGACGGGCAUGCCAAUGGGUAUAUGGGUGCCCAGGGGAUUACGCAGGGCAAUGGCACUGCGUAGGGGGCCCGACCGCGUUGGCGAGAUGAAGGCUAUAGAACACCAACCAGUAAAGAUACCCCGCCUCAGUAGCAUUGCAUCUUGGUUCCAGAAGUGUGGACAUUGUCUUGCAUAUUGCAUUGUACUGUAUCCAUCUGUGCAUUCCAGCAUUUCUCUAUGUUUUUUUUUGUAUACUAGAAGUACUAAGCUUGCUCCGAUACCCCUGUAUGGUAGUAUAAAUCCACCUAAUAGUCCUCUGAUUGGACAUACAUACUUUUUGGCACUUCUGGAAAAGC